AUGAAACUAACACAAUUAAUUCCAUUCUUAUUAAGCUUUUUCCUAUUAAGUACACAAACUUACGCCACAUCUUAUAUUUUAACAUUUGAUAAUCAUGGUCAAGAUAUAAGACCUCAAUUUUUUAGCGAUAUUAAAGAACAAAUUAAGAAGUUAGGAGGUCAAAUCACACAUGAAUAUACUUUGAUUCAAGGCUUCACUAUUGAUUUACGACAAGAAGUUUUAACUCCAUUGAAAAUGAAACUUGCUGAUAUAGAAAAGACUUUGGGCUAUAAAGUUUAUUUGGAAAAGGAUCCUGAAGUACAUACCUUUGGCAAUAACCAUGAACAUUAA